CCAUCUUUAAACGCGUGUUCUCUGCUUCAACCAUAGAUUCUUAAUCCACAACUCUCAUCCCAAACCCUUAUUUAUAUGAUUAGCCUUUGUAAAUUUAAAUAGAAUGCCCACCUUAAAGCCUUACAUGGGUACGUGUCUGAAUAUCUCUAUCUCUCCCUCGCCCUCUCCCUCUCCCUCUCUUCCGUUAAGUCCCAAAACCCUAGUCUUCUCUGAAUCAUCUAGAGAUGCUGAACUCACUAGUCACAGACCUUCCUCUCCCAAAACCCUAGCCUUUAAUUUCUUUGAUCUCCUUCACAUUCUGGUUAGUCGCUUAAGUUCACAGGAAGGUGAGAGCUACUCUUUGGGCUCCUUUAAUGGCGACUGGUGCACUUCAGUACUUGGAGAACUAUAAGGGCACACAACAGAAUUUAGUGAAGAGCAACCCUUCUUUGCCCUAACAACAAAGGAAACAGGGAGAUUGCAUUUAUGAAGUGACAAGUGGAAUGCUCCAACUAAGAAGCAAAAGAAAGUUGAUUAGGAGGACGAUCUGGGUCGUGUUAAUUAUGUAAUCGAAGCUCCAAGAACAAGAAGAAGCCAUCAUCAUGGAUUUUGAGCCACCAUUUCAGGAGAACUACAAGACCCUUUUGAAGAACAAAUCUGACAAAUUAGGUGACGAAAAUGGUGACCGACAACAACAAUCGCAACUCAUGCUUAUUGAGCACUGUGAGUUACCUCUCAUUGACCUGAGCCAUCUAAAAAUUCGAGGGUCAUCAGUUGCGAGAGCAAAGUGCAAGCAGGACAUCGUGGAAGCUGCCGGAAAAUGGGGUUUCUUUCAAAUAGUGAAUCAUGGGGUCCCAACAGAGACAUUGGAGAGCAUGAAGCAUGAGCAGACAAAGCUCUUCAGGUUGCCAUUUCAGAAGAAGGCUGAACUCAGUUUCUUGAAUUUGCCGUCGCCGUCGUCGUCUUCGCCAACCAAGAGUUACCGUUGGGCAAACCCGCAGGCCACUUGCUUGAAGCAGCUUCCCUGGUCAGAAGCCUUCCAUAUACCUCUUGCAAGCAUCUCAAGAAUGAAAGGGAAUGAGAAUUUCAGAGUCACCAUGGAGACCUAUGGGAUGGCUCUUGCUAAUCUCGCGGCAUCGAUCGCCGUAAUUCUAGCCGAGGGUUUGGGCGUCAAAGGCACCGAUUACUUUGAAGAGAAUUGCAUGUCGAGUACUUGCUUCCUUCGGAUGAACAGAUAUCCUCUGUGCCCACUUGCUUCCCAAGUAUUCGGAUUGAUGCCUCACACGGACACUGAUUUCCUCACGGUCUUGUGUCAAGACAAGGUUGGAGGGUUGCAGCUGAUGGAAGGUGGGAGAUGGGUUAGUGUUAACCCUAAUCCGAAUGCUCUCCUCGUCAACAUUGGCGACUUAUUUGAGGCUUGGAGCAACGGCGUGUACAAGAGCGUGAAGCACCGAGUGAUGGCCAGCCAAGAAGUGGAAAGGUUCUCAAUGGCGUUUUUCUAUUGCCCCUUCAACCACACUUCGAUCGAGAGCCCCCUCAAGCCAGCCCUCUAUAGAAGCUUUAGCUUCGAAGAAUACACGGUGCAAGUUCACCGGGAUGUUCAGGCCACCGGUGACAAAGUCGGCCUCUCUCGGUUCCUAAUUCAGUGAGGGUAUACUACACCGCUGUAAACAUAUAUUCGUAUACAGAUAUACAUGGUUGCGUAUAGGUGGUAAUUUUGCUUGCGAGUUCAAGCUCACAUGCCCUCUCUCCCUAUGUCAGAGAGAAUUUUGUUUGUUGCUGUGUGUGUUUUACAUGAGUUUGGGGUCAGGGAAGUUGGUGGUUCUGGUUCUUUGUCAAUCGAAUCUUGUACCUCUCUUCCAAUUUACAUGGAGAGACGCUACGUGCCAUCUUUUCUUGGCUUUGUUCUCUUUUGGAGUUGGUCAGGUAUGGUGGAUUUGACUGCACU